CGGUCGUUUGUAUUCUAACCUCAAUUCUUGAGAAUCAAAAAAUGCCGAUAAAUAGUUUUUAAGCGCAUAAUUGUGAAUUAUGAUAUUAUACCAAGCCAUGAAUUUUUACAUCCCUGUCGGCGUUUUAAUUUCAUUUUAUUUUAUUCCUUCUUCAUUAACUACCGAAGUCAGAUCGCAAGUGGUGAAUUAUCUUGUUCCAAAUGAAGAGCUUCAGUUUAAUCCAAAACCAUUCACACAAUCAAAAAGGUUUCGCAUCUACUGUUACGAGGGUAAACCCAAAAGUAUUCUUUAUAUAUGGCAGAGUAUAUUUCUGCAAAUCGACUCAGAUUCAGAGGAUUACACACAGUACGAUGGUCCGACCCCAGAAAUCGUAUUGCAAGACUAUGAAGCUCAUCGUUUCAGUUGGAGUAUAAGCUUAUUCUCAUGGAAAAGUAAAAAUAUGAAACUAGAUCCCUUCAAUCAGAGUUGUAUAGGAAUACAUAGCAAUGAAAAUUACAUAGUGAGACUCCGAGUGCUACAUAUAGAUUAUUGGAAAGUUUUAAUGUUGGUUGUUGGUAUUUUAAUUUAUCUAUCAGCUGCCAAGCUUUGCCAAAACGUGCUUUUCUACUAUAUAUCGGGUAUAAGCAUAGGAAUAAUAGCUUCUUUUCUUUUUCUAAUAUAUUUCCUAAGCAAAUUGUUCCCAAGGAAAUCCAUAAUGUAUGGAGUAUUUGCUACAGGGUGGACAGUAAGCUUAUACCUUCUACAAUUGAUUAAGGAUAAUUUAAGGACAAUUUUUGUGAUGUACAGAGAAUAUGUUGUGUAUUACACAAUUUUUUCGGGAGUCAUUAGUUUUAUAGUCUGCUACAGAUAUGGACCAAUUAAAGAUGAAAGAACUCGGAGUAUCAUUAGGUGGUCUCUACAAGCAAUAGGCUUGCUAUCCAUAUAUCUGAGUAGUCAGUUUCAAGAGGCUUCUGUUGCCCAAAUAAUUGUGCUACUGAUAUAUCACAAUACCCCUAGUAGAUGGUUGUCCAAACCAAGGAAUUACUUGAAGAGAAAGUUUCCCCCAAAAGUAAAACUGUUAACCAACGAUGAAUAUUAUGCACAAGGUGUUAGAGAAACUAACAAGAGCUUAGAAGAACUGAGAAAAUACUGCCUAAGCCCUGAAUGUAAUCAGUGGAAGACUGCAUUGAAAUUGAAAGACGUCAAGAGGUUUGCAUCGUUUAUUGAGGGCAAUUCGCACUUGAGCGAUGAAGAAGUUCUUGAAUACGAGACUUCCCUCCAACAAGUCGAUUUUACAGACGAUGAAGAGCAAACAGAUGAAGAGGAUUACACUGAUGAAGACUGAAGUGUACCUUGAAGAUUUGGCAUAGUUGUGAAAUUGUUCUGGUUUUCUUUCACUUUUUCCUUCCAACAACUGUGAUACUGCUGCUCAUUUCACUUGACUUAUUACCCAAAUGGACUCAUUUAAUCAUUAACGAGGAUUGUAUUGAGUUGAGCUGAGUUCUAAUUUGAAGUAGUUCUUCCUUAUCAAUUUCUAUCAAAAAUAUUGCUUUGUAUUCUUCAUAAGGGUAAAAUGAAUUGUUUGAUGUGACCGUCAAAAUAUUGAUUUGUAUUUUAAAAUACACUUUUUUGUACAUACUUUGUCUUAGCGAUUUUUGGGAAUGUUUAGAAUUUUCCUCAAUCAUCAAUUGAGUUUUUGAUGGAAAUUCGUAAAUAAAUUGAAGUUUCGCUAUUUUAAGUGCUUAAGACUGAAGAUAAAUGUAAAUAAGCCCAAUAAAUAUUUCAAGUUUGUUAAUA